AUGGCGGACCCUCGAGAGUCGUCGUCAUAUUCCAUCAUACCCAGAAUCCGAUACAACACCGUCGGUGGUGUCAACGGACCUCUGGUCAUUCUUGACAAUGUCAAGUUCCCCCGAUACAAUGAGAUCGUGACCCUCACUCUCCCUGAUGGGACAGAGAGAUCUGGGCAGGUCCUGGAGGCUCGAGGCAACCGCGCCGUCGUGCAGGUGUUUGAAGGUACAUCCGGUAUCGAUGUCAAGAAGACAAAGGUCGAGUUCACAGGAGAAAGUUUGAAGCUUGGUGUCUCAGAGGACAUGUUGGGGCGUAUCUUCGAUGGAUCAGGACGGGCCAUUGACAAGGGCCCCAAGGUCUUGGCCGAGGACUACCUUGACAUCAACGGCAGUCCCAUUAACCCCUUCUCGAGAGUCUACCCCGAAGAAAUGAUCUCGACCGGUAUCUCGACCAUCGACACCAUGAACUCGAUUGCCCGUGGCCAAAAGAUCCCCAUCUUCUCUGCCGCCGGUCUACCACACAACGAAAUCGCUGCCCAGAUUUGCCGACAGGCCGGUCUCGUCAAGCAGCACCAGAAACAGGGUGUGACGAACAAGGGUGUACAUGAUAACCACGAGGAGAACUUCUCCAUCGUCUUUGCCGCCAUGGGUGUCAACUUGGAAACUGCGAGAUUCUUCACUCGCGACUUUGAGGAGAACGGCAGUUUGGAGCGUGUUACGCUAUUUCUCAACCUUGCAAACGACCCCACUAUCGAACGUAUUAUCACUCCUCGUCUCGCUCUUACCACCGCCGAGUACUAUGCCUACCAGCUCGAGAAGCAUGUGUUGGUUAUCCUUACUGAUCUGUCUGCCUACUGUGAUGCUCUACGAGAAGUUUCGGCAGCACGAGAAGAAGUCCCUGGUCGGCGUGGUUUCCCCGGUUACAUGUACACUGAUUUGUCCACCAUCUACGAACGAGCUGGCCGUGUCGAAGGAAGAAAUGGCUCCAUCACCCAGAUUCCUAUUCUGACCAUGCCCAAUGAUGACAUCACGCACCCCAUCCCUGAUUUGACGGGCUACAUCACGGAGGGUCAAAUCUUCGUCGACCGACAACUUCACAAUCGUGGCAUCUACCCGCCUGUCAAUGUCCUUCCGUCGCUUUCUCGUCUCAUGAAGUCUGCCAUCGGUGAGGGCAUGACCCGAAAGGACCACGGAGAUGUAUCGAACCAGCUGUACGCCAAGUACGCUAUUGGACGUGAUGCUGCAGCCAUGAAGGCUGUCGUUGGUGAGGAGGCCUUGUCUGCUGAGGACAAGUUGUCCCUCGAAUUCUUAGAAAAAUUCGAGCGCAGCUUCGUCACUCAGGGUGCAUACGAGUCGAGAACCAUCAUCGAAUCUCUCGACCUGGCUUGGAGCCUGCUCAGAAUCUACCCCAAGGAACUGCUGAACCGUAUCCCCGCCAAGAUCAUCCAGGAGUUCUACCAAAGAAAGGGUAAGGAGGCUGAGAGUACAGCGAAGCCGAAGACGACACACCCGGAGGAUCGAGAGGAGAACCUCAUCGAUGCGUAA